AUGAUAAAAAUACAAAACAAGUAUACCUAUUCAGAAGCAGAUCUCUUAGGAGAAGGAGCUUACUCAAGGGUUUAUAAAGGAUUUCUUGAUAAAAAAAAUGAAAUUGUUGCUAUAAAAGGUUUGAACUUAACAUCAUCUUAGUUAUCGAUUGGAGUAAAGUAAAGGAUAAAUACUAUAUCUCCGGGUUUUAGAGAGAAGUUCGAAUACUAAGAGAUUUAGACCAUUAAAAUAUAGUAAAAAUAAUAGAAAUGAUUCAUGAUGCUAGUUAGAACAGAGAAUAUCUCAUAAUGGAAUAUUGUGAUAGCUAAAAUCUCACAGCAUUUAUAAAUCAAUCUGGAGGAGUUCUAAAUGAAAACAUCACCAAAAUCAUAUUAUAGUAAUUGUUGACUGCUCUCAAUGUACUUAUUAAGAAAGAAUAUUUGCACAGAGACAUCAAACCAGAAAACAUCUUAAUUCAUUAAAGGAUUUUGAAAUUAGCAGAUUUCGGAUUCUCAGUUAAGGCAGAUUAUUCUGGCAAUCAACUUUUUAGGGAAAAUGUAGGAACUCCAAUAUAUAUGGCUCCUUAAAUACUUGAAAAUAAACACUAUUCGGUCAAAAGUGAUAUAUGGUCUAUAGGAGUUAUGGCAUAUUAAAUGAUAACAGGAGAAUAUCCUUGGAUGGCUGAUGAUCCAUCUUUACUUUUAAAAUCCAUAAAAUCCUAAAAAUUAAAUUUUCCUGAGCAUAUCUCAAUCUCGAACGAUUUCAAAGAAUUUAUCUAAUAUUGUUUAUAGUUCGAAGAAAAAAAUCGAUAUAAUUGGGAGGAUUUGUUUGAACAUAAAAUAUUUUAAACUAAAUACGUUAUUCAAAAGAAGUAAAUAAAAAUUGAACAACUUCAAGUAUAAUAAUUUAUUUAUUUAAGGCAGCCAUUAAUUAAAUUAGAGAAAUUCAAAAGAAAAGAGGCACUCCUCUAGAAUAGUUAUUUACUAAUUUAGAUAUAGAUGGUGAUAAAAAGCUUACUUUCGAAGAAUUUUAAGUAUUAUUACUCUAUGUUGAUAAUCAAAUGGACAUCAAUAUAUAAAAAGGAAUCUUUUAAAAAUACAAUAUUAGUAGAAAUAACUUACUAAAUUUUAAUGAAUUCAACAGGAUAUUUUGA